AUGAAUCUACCCGAAGGGUAUUCCUUUAUAGAAAUCGAAGGUCAGUUCAUUCGUAAUGACAAAGAUGCUAUACUGGUACAAAGGGACAAUGAUCAGACACAGUACUGGAUUCAUCUAGAUCCAGAAGAAACAGAAAGUCAGAUUGCAGGAGAACAUGAAGAGGAAUCAGAAGAAAUCCUAUCAUUAGACAGUGUAUCCGAUUCACAAGAAGACUUGCAAGAAGAUGUAUCUGAGGUGGUACCCUCAAGAAUUGUCUGUGACUCUUCCAAUAGUGAUAAGAGAGAAUUCAUCAUAACAUCUGCUCAAGCAGAAAAUAAAUGGAAAAGUUUGGCUAGAAAAUUCAAGGAUAUUAAAGAUCAUAACAAUAAAACUGGAAAUGCUCCAAAAGCUUGGAAGUACCAUCAAAUGAUAUCAGAGAUUAUUGGUGAUCGACCAAAUGUUGAACCAAAGGCUGGUUGUUCCAGUAUACAAUUGAGUAACACUAGUAAUAGUAAUCUGCGCAACCAGCUGGAAGAAAAGUUGAAAGAAAAACAGAAGAAACCUCAAGACACUUCAACUAAAGAACAAGGUGUGAAGAAGAAAUCCUCAAAAAAGGGUGGUUCUAAAUCAGAUUUACUCUCCUUUCUGAAAACCCAUGAAAAUAAUCUUGAGAGAAGAGAGAAAGAAAAGUUGGAAUUACUGAAAAGUCAGCAUGAGGAGCUUAAAUCCUUUAUGGAAACUAUUUUGAAAAAUUUGAAUGACAAAGAAUCUUAG